GGGAGCUGCCUGAAUCGGCGACAGAGGAGCCCGGAUGAUGGAGGAGGACGGAGGAGCCCGGCGGGGGAAGGAAGGAAGCGCCGGCCGAGAGGAGGAGGAGGAGAGCGGGCCCCGCGGAGCAUCCCUUCCCUGUCCCGUAGCGGCUUCCCCGGGAGACGGCGGGGAAAGGCCGGGGGGCUCCGGGGCUGCCGGAGGGAUGAGCCCAGGGGGAGCCCGGGAAAGGCGGCUGCCUGGAGGGCGAUGCGGGGAGGAGGAAACGGGCGGAGACCCCGAGACGGUCCUGGAGGGCGGAGGCUCCUUCGGAAGACCCGGGAGGCCCCCAAGGAUCCAGGAGGGAGGAAAGGAACAUCAGUGCCCGGAAUGUGGAAAGUCCUUCAGAACAAAUGGACAUCUUCAAAGGCAUCUAAGGAUCCACUCGGGAGAAAAACCUUAUACAUGCCAUGAGUGUGGAAACAGCUUCAGUUGGAGCAGUAACUUUUAUAUACAUCAAAAGAUACACACAGAAGAAAAACCAUAUAAAUGCUCAGAAUGUGAAAAAUGCUUCAAAUCAAAUUACUAUCUUAAAAGCCAUCUAAGGAGCCACUUAGGAGAGAAACCUCAUAAAUGCCAUGAGUGUGGAAAGAGCUUCAGCUGGAGCAGCAGUCUUUAUCUACAUCAAAAGAUCCACACAGGAAAAAAACCGUAUAAAUGUUCAGAAUGUGAAAAAUGCUUCAAAAGGAAUCAGCAUCUUCAAAGCCAUCUAAGGAUCCACUCAGGAGAAAAACCACAUAAAUGCCUGGACUGUGGAAAGAGCUUCAGUCAGACUAGCAACCUUUAUACACAUCAAAAGAUCCAUUGGCGAGAGAAACUGAGAUAUCAGUGCCCGGAAUGUGGGAAGACCUUCAGAACAAAUGGAGAUAUUCAAAGGCAUCUAAGGAUCCACUCGGGAGAAAAACCUUAUAAAUGCCUGGAGUGUGGAAAGAGCUUCAGUCUGAGCAGCAGCCUUUAUGGACAUCAAAGGAUCCACUCAGGAGAAAAACAUCAUAAAUGCCUGGAUUGUGGAAUGAGCUUCAAUCACAGGAGCAGCUUUAGUAGGCAUCAAAGAAUCCACUUGGGAGAGAAACCAUAUAAAUGCCUGGAGUGUGGAAAGAAAUUCACUCAGGGGAGCAGCCUUUAUAGACAUCAAAGGAUCCACUCAGGAGAGAAACCUCAUAAAUGUCUAGAAUGUGGAAAGAGCUUUAGUCUGAGCAGCAGCCUUUAUAGACAUCAAAUGAUCCACACAGGAGAAAAGCCUUAUAAGUGCCUGGAGUGUGGAAAGAGCUUCAAUUGGAACAGCAGCCUUUAUGGACAUCAAAGGAUCCACUCAGGAGAAAAACAUCAUAAAUGCCUGGAGUGUGGAAAGAGAUUCACUCAGAGGAGCAGCCUUUAUAAACAUCAAAUGAUCCACUCAGGAGAGAAACCAUAUAAAUGCCUGGAGUGUGGAAAGAACUUCAGUCAGAGGAGUAGCCUUUAUAGACAUCAAAGGAUCCACUCAGGAGAGAAACCUCAUAAAUUCCCGGAAUGUGGAAAAACCUUUAAAGCAAAUAGAGAUCCAAUGUGGAGAAAAACCAUAUAAAAGCCUCGAAUGUGGAAAGAGCUUUAGUCUGAGCAGCAGCCUUUAUAGACAUCAAAGGAUCCACUCAGGAGAGAAACCUCAUAAAUUCCCGGAAUGUGGAAAAACCUUUAAAGCAAAUAGAGAUCCAAUGUGGAGAAAAACCAUAUAAAAGCCUGGAAUGUGGAAAGAACUUCAGUUUAAAAGGGAAGUCUUGAUACCUAUCAAAGAAUCCACACAGGUGAAAAACCCUAUAGAUGCCUGGAGUGUGGAAAGAGCUUCCAUCAUUCCGGAAACCUUUAUAGACUUUUAUAGACAUCAAAGGAUCCCUCCCUGGAGGGAGGAAAGCAAUAUCAGUGCCUAGAAUGUGAAAAAUCCUUCAAAACCAACAGACAUUUUCAAAGGCAUCUAAGAAUCCACACAGGAGAAAGGAAAUACGGAUGUCCAUAAUGUGAAAAAUCCUUCACAAAUAACGAUAGACUGGAGAACCAUCUUUAGAAUCCACUCAGGAGAAACGAAAUAUCAAUGCCCAGAAUGUGAAAAAUCCUUCAAAAGAAAUUACCACCUUCAAAGGCAUCUAAGGAUCCACACAGGACAGAAUCCAUUUAAAUGCCUGGAGUGUGGAAAGAGCUUCAAUAUGAUGGUGAGCCUUUAUAGCCUUUAUAGACAUCAAAGUCUUUAUAGACAUCAAGUUAUGGCUCUGCGCAUGCGCAAGAUGGCGCGGCGCUGAAGAUUUACCUUCGGCGAUCGAGCGGCUCUCCGAGGAUGGCGACGCCUGGACCGCCUGCUUAGCUGCCUGCCUUUCCCAGCCCGGCGUAUCAUCUUUCUGGCAGCCGCGGGAGAGGUCUUCGGAUCUUUUUACACCCGCGGUUGCCGAGAACGAGGCUGGGAGGGCAAAGCGGUGGACUGCGGCGGCCAUGUUUCCAGGCUUAAAGGAGGUGGGGCGAUGAGUCAGCUUGUCUCGGCCGGCUUUUCGGCCUGAUGUUUCGGCCUGAUUUUCGGCCUGGCCGUCGGCUUCUUCUCAAUCGGUGAGGUUUGGGUCCCCUGCCACGAUUUGGGACGAUCUGGACUUUCCAUCUGCCACUAUGUUUGGGCUUUUCCGGCUUUUCUCCUGCUGCCAGUUUACGAACUUGGCCCCUUCACAUCCUCCGGCCUCUCGGGGAGGCUCAGCCAUUUGGACAGGCUUGGCCUCUUGGAAGGAGAGGUUCGGAGAGAUCUGGCUUCCGAAAUGGUUGGAUUUACUAGGGGGGUGUCAGAGAUGGAGGUGACCCCCUGGACAGUAGUUUCUGGCCACUUUUGGAAGCGGAUGUUGGAGGACUUCGGGGAGGCGACGGAGGUACCCUUGAUCUGUCCCUGUUUAACCAUCUCGUGACUGUUGUAGUUCCAGCUAUGCCUCUCCCCUCGCCAUUCGAGAUCUUUAUGGCUGUUACUGGUCCUAUUUGGGCUAUUGGGGAGUGGCGGGAGACUUGCUUGGGGACAGAGGAGGACAUGUGCCACGACCGACGCACCCCCACCCCCGUUCCAGGAUGUUUGGACGAGGCUUGGAUAGAUUGCCAUCUAGACUGUCCUUUUUGUUUUCCAUCUGAUGCCCGUCCUCAUUUUGGAUUACCAUCAUAUCUUGACAUUUCUGCCAUUCGGAGAUGGAGCCUUUUUAUUGCCGAUUUUUAUUUUUUAUCUGUUUAUCUUCAGUCGUUAUGCGCUAUUCGUCUUGUGAAUUCUUGCGCCUGCGAGGUGCCCCCGCCUCGCAGGAAUGGCCCGCCUCGUUACCAAGGGCCGGCCUCAAUGACGGGUCUUGGGACCCACAGAGGUGGCAUGCGAAGAGAAAGAGCCUUUGGGGUUUUUUAGAUAGGGC